UCGAAUUAGCUGAUUCACUCUAGACCUAGCCUAAGCCUGGAAGGCCUCCUUGAAAUGCUUGUAUUGGAUUCCUAUACGGAGUGAAUUAAAAACGAAAGUGACGAACUUAAAAUGAUGAUGUGUCGUUGAAUUAUUAGAACCCUUAAAUCUAUAAUAAAUAUUAAUAAAUAAUAAUAAGAGACUAGAUUAGUAGACCUAAUAAUUCUAGAGAUCAAGAGAUCUAGACGAGUUCAGUUAAAUUAACUGAGAGGCUAAGAAAUGCCCUACAUUUCUGCUUCAGGUCAAGUGGUUGAUUCCAGGUCUCCAUGGCGCCUGUCAAUCAUUCCAGAUAUGAUAUGGGGAUUCAUCAACUUUAUCAUACUGUUUUUUCAAACAAUGAUAAAUCCAAAUAAAACAGCCAGAAGUGACAAAUAUACAAGUGAUUACAGACGCCCAGGUGGUGGUGGAGGAGGUGGACCUAGUAGAAGAAUGGGAGGGUUUGGAGGAAGAGGAGGAAAUGCUCCUGGACCACCACCAAUGGCAGGUGGUGGAGGCUGAGGGCGGUAAACAGUACUUGGAAAACUGAUCUGGUUUUCAGCGUUUUCAAGUACAAGCUUAUGAAUAACCUUUUUGUUUCUUAGAGAUUAUGUUACAAGUUGUUUUUUAUAACUAUUUUUAAAUAACUGAUAUUUUUAUACAAAAAAUUUUUUUUUAAGGAAAUUUAAAAAAAACACCAUUCCUACCCUAUUUGUAUUCUAUCAAAAGUACUUAUAGAUGUUUGUACAACUACAUUUGUAUCAUUAUCUCUACACUUUCAAAAAGGUUGCUCCUUAUCUCAUGGUGCAUGUUGAAGUAUUCAGCAUUUAAUGAUAAGCUGCUUAUAAACUUCCAGUAGAAGACUAGCAGUUUUGAUAAAAUCCAUGAGCUAACGAGUCUUUUUAAAACAUUCUCAUCAAUAUAACUUUCCAUCGAUACCACGAUUGCUAUGUGAUAACCAUUAACCAUCCUUUACAACUGUUAACCACUUUCCAGUUCUUUACCAGCAAAGUAUCACAAUCAUUCAUUUUAUAUGCUGGAUAGUGGUUGAAUUUGUUAUUUAUGUCUAUGCUCCUUGUGCUAUUGGACUUUGAUACAAGUUCACCAUUGUAAUGAAAAGAUAUCUCAAGUUUAUAUUUAUCUGGCCUGUUUUCUUGUUCAAGUCUGAAUGAUGGUGUGUUAUGAUCUUGGGGUAAAUGGAAGUUUUGUCCAAGAAUUGUAAAUAUUUUCUGUUGUAACUUAUGUCAGCAGUGCUAGUUUUUCAUUAGUAUAAUAAUUAGUUACAUUUUUUCUAUUUUAUAACUAAUUAUUAACUAAAUUGCAAGUUCUGAAAAGAUGAAUGAAAGAUGAAUGUAUGGUUGAUUAGUUAUUUUUAGUAACUAAAUUAUCUUUGCUGAAUUGUAUGUCAAGCAUGAAUAAAAGUGUGCAUCAAACCGUGAAAAAUAUAAACAUUUGAAAUGU